UUACGAGAGUUUCUUUUAUCUUUAUGGAAAAUUUUCAGAUUUGCAAAAGAUGUUAUGGACGAACACCAAAUACUUUUCUUAUUAUUAUGUAAAACAUUCCCAGUUGUUUGUAUGUGUAAGUUUCUAAGUUUGAGUGAAUAAUUUGACAGUUCGUAGCAUGUAGACUAGCAACUAACAUCAACUUUUGUGUGUAAUGAAGUAUCUUUAACCAAAAAAAAAAAAUUAUCAUCAGCUUAGACCCAAAUCAGUAAACCGUUUGUAUAAAUUUUCACUCAAUAAACUUUAUUAUUUGAUGUAUGGUAACCUUCGGAAUUGUGUGAAUCAAGGGUCUUGUGUUUAUGCAAUGAAUGUCUCUGAAUUUCCGGUUGGUGGAUUGGUUGUAUGAACUUUGGUUAAGAACAGAUAAUGAUGUGGAUGGAAAGUAUGUAGAGGUUGGACAAGGAGGAAAAAAAGGCAUGUGUUUUUUAAGUUAAAAGCAGGUGACAAAGUUGUGACAUUGACCAUUUAUUAAGUGCUCGUGUAUUCAUUUUGCUAAGUUCUCUGUGUUUGGUUAGAAUAUUGACAUACGAAAUACAUGUGUUUGUUUCUGAGAUCAUCAAUAUGCCUCAUUUACGUCAAUUGCAAUAUUACAUAUAGAUAUUAUGGAGGGAACGUAUGCUGAUUUUUCUGUAGCUGAAGUUUCAGCAGCUGAAGGAAAGCUCAACAUAGUGAUCUGCAUAAAACAUCAUUUGAACAAGGGUGAAGAUGCUUGGGUCAGAGUACAGAUAGCCAUGCUACUGGGAACAUCAUUUCUGGAACCUUAAGUAGGUUCCCAGAGUAUGGCAGAAGUGGCUGCAAAGCUUAUGCAUGCUGUUCAGUAUGAAAACUAUGGUGGAGGGCUUUCUGGUUUGAAGCAUGUAGAGAUUCCAAUCCCCAGUCCUAAGAGAGAUGAGGUUUUAGUGAAAUUAGAAGCAGCUAGCCUAAAUCCAGCUGAUUGGAAAAUUCAGAAAGGCACGCUGCGUCCUCUUGUUCCACGCAAAUUCCCUUUUAUACCUGGAUUUGAUGUGGCUGGAGAGAUUGUAGAGGUUGGAGAAAGAGUUAAAAAGUUCAAAGCCGGUGAUAAAGUUGUGGCAGUGCUCCACCUUUUGGAUGGAGGUGGACUGGCUGAGUUUGCUACAGCUAGUGAGAAAUUGACAGUUGCUAGGCCCCAAGAAGUUUCAGCAGCUGAAGGUGCAGGCUUACCUACUUGUGGUCUCACAGCUCACCAGGCUCUAACACAAGCUGGAGAGAUCGAGCUUGAUGGAACUGGCCAGCUGAAGAGCAUACUCAUUACUGGUGCUUCUGGUGGUGUUGGCCAUUAUGCAGUCCAACUAGCAAAGCUGGCGAACGCUCAUGUGACAGUGACUUGUGGAGCUCGUAACAUCGAAUUUGUCAAGAGAUUGGGGGCUGAUGAAGUUCUCGACUACAGUACCCCAGAUGGGGCAGCUUUAAGGAGUCCAUCUGGUCGAAAGUAUGAUGUGGUAAUUCACUGUGCACCUGUUACCAUUCCAUGGUCAAUUUUUGAGCCAAAUCUGACUCUAAAUGGUAAAGUAAUAGACAUUACUCCCAGUGCAAGUGCCUUUAUUGCUUUUGUUCGAAACACAGUUACCUUCUCCAAGAAGAAGCUGGUGCCUUUGAUCAUAAAUGCCAAGGCUGAAAACCUUGAUUAUCUUUUUAAGUUAGUGAAGGAAGGAAAGCUGAAGACAGUGAUCGACUCAAAGCAUUCUCUAAGCAAGGCUGAAGAUGCCUGGGCUAAAAGUAUGGAUGGUCAUGCUACUGGGAAGAUCAUUUUAGAGGCUUAAGACAAAAUAUAUCGUAGGAUUGAAAUCUUUGUGUACUUAUUCAAGUGUUGUCUUAUGGCCAAGCUCCUUCAUCUGUGCAAAAGAAUUUGGUGUGUAGCUGUCUGUUGUUUUCUAUAUUGUAAAUUAGAGGGGUUUUGGGUUCAGUAUUUCAAUUUCUUGCGUAAAUUGUAUGACAAUAAUUCAGAUGCUUCUCCUGUACCAUCUUUCCCUUGGGUCCCAGAAUUGUUUUCUUUCUCAUCA